UCGUGCAGCAGGUUGAUUCUCUGUCCUAGACGCUCUCAUGUGGGAAACAGGACAAUUAGAACCCUCUUCACAACGUUUGGACUACUGAGGAACUUCAACUGUGAAUUUAAACUGAAGCUGGUGAGACUGAACGUCUUUUGGACUAAAGUGUGAAACAGAGAAGAGUUUGAGUUUGAGUUUGGCACUGACACGUCUGCUCAGGCUGCUGAAAGUGAAAGUGAAGCUGCAGAAAGAGCCGCAAGAGAAAAAAAAGUCUUUUACUGCAGAGACAAAAUUACUUUUAAACUUAUAAAGACGAUCUCAAAUGUCCUUUAUGCUGUGAAAUCUACGUCUGUAUGUAAUCAACUGAUCUGGACUCUGUGAGGUGCAGUUCACGCCCACAACUGGGACUUUGACCUGAACUCCUGCGGUGUCAGUGCAGUAGGUUAAAGAUCAGGGAACUAAACACAAGUUUUGAGACUACUGAUGGAGAGAGUUUGGGUUUAAAGUGAAGCUGGUGAGCCUGAAAAUAACUUAUUUUGGAUGAAAGUGUAAAACAGUGAAGGCUGAGAUUGAGGCAGGGACUCGUCUUCUCAGACUGCUGAAAGAUAGAGGGAAGCUGCUUGAACAGUCAUCAGGGAGAAAAAGACAAAAUGGCUUCUAAACUGGAAGAGGAUCUCACAUGUCCUGUAUGCAUUGAAAUCUUCAAGGAUCCUGUCCUGUUGACCUGCUCUCAUAGUGUGUGUAAAGCCUGUCUACAGCGGUUCUGGGAGAGCAAAGGAUCCAGAGAAUGUCCCUACUGCAGGAGAAAGUGCUCAAAAGAAGGGUAUCCCCCUAACAUGGCAUUAAGGAACCUGUGUGAGACCUUUGAACAGGAGAGAAGUCAGAGAGCUUCAGCAGGGUCUGAAGUGCUCUGCAGUCUCCACAGUGAGAAACUCAAGCUCUUCUGUCUGGACGACAAACAGCCAGUUUGUUAUGUGUGUAGAGACUCCAUAAAACACAGCAACCACCAGAUACGCCCAGUGGAUGAAGCAGCAGGUGCCCAUAAGGAGGAGCUCAAGAUCCAACUGCAGCCCUUACAGAAGAAACUGAAGACCUUUAAGAAAGCUAAAGUCACCUGUGAUAAAACAGCAACACACAUCAAGACUCAGGCCCAACACACAGAAAGGCAGAUCAAGGUGGAGUUUGAGAAGCUUCACCAGUUUCUACGAGAUGAAGAGGCAGCCAGGAUAGCUGCACUGAGGGAGGAAGAGGAGCAAAAGAGUCGGAUGAUGAAGGAGAAGAUUGAGAAGAUGAGCAGAGAGAUCUCAUCUCUUUCAGACACCAUCAGAGCCAUAGAGAAGGAGAUGGGAGCUGAUGACAUCACAUUCCUGCAGAACUACAAGAGUACAGUAGAAAGAGCCCAGUGCACACUGCAGGAUCCAGAGAGGGUUUCAGGAGCUCUGGUUGAUGUGGCAAAGCACCUGGGCAACCUGAAGUUCAGAGUCUGGGAGAAGAUGCAGGAGACUGUUCAGUACACUCCUGUGACUCUGGAUCCCAACACUGCACACCCAGAACUCAUCCUGUCUGAGGAUCUGACCAGUGUGAGAUGUGGUGGUAGACAGCAGCUUCCUGGUAACCCAGAGAGAUUUGAUGAGUAUGCCAGUGUCCUGGGCUCUGAGGGCUUUAACUCAGGGACUCACUGCUGGGAUGUGGAGGUUGGAGAGAACACAGCGUGGGAUGUGGGUGUGAUGACAGAGUCGACCCAGAGGAAGGGAAGCUAUCUCUCCAUGAGUGGACAAUGGUUUGUGUGGUAUUAUGGUGCUGCAUAUGGAGCACGUGCUACUCCUCAUGCCUCCACUCGCCUCACAGUGCAGCAGGAACCCCAGAGGAUCAGAGUGCAGCUGGAGUGGGACAGAGGAGAGCUGUCAUUUUCUAACCCUGAUAAUAACACACACCUACACACUUUCACACACACGUUCACAGAGAGAGUGUUUCCAUACUUUUUGACUCCCAGAAAUGUCCGUCUGAGGAUGUUACCAGUGAAGGCCUCAGUAAGAGUAGAGCAGCACAGUUAGAGCUGAUACUGACUCUGAACCAUACUGAGAGGGAAACCUAUAGGAGAGGAGACUAUGAAGAAACAAAGCCAUUCAAUAAACAGUAAAAAUAUGUCUCAUUGUGUGGAUGUAAGUGAUGCUAAUGCCCACCUCAUUUAACUUGCUGUAUACAGUAUGUACUGCACUGCACCUAGUUUAAUUUAUAUACCACAGUAAUAUUGUGGGGUUUACUACAA